AUGCUUAUGGCUAUGAUUCUCGUCGCUCUGCCUCUUUUAGGGUUUAUCCUCAAGGAGGGAUUUUCAUCAAGCUCACGUCAUGCAAUCUAUUCUGGGGUUGAAAUUGCCAUGAAUGGUUCUGUCAAUGCCCAAAUGCUGAAUUCGGAAUCAGUUUCGCGAUUCUGUCCAACUACGUUACCUACUAUGCCCCUUUCUCUCCUCCUUCACAUUGAAAGAGUUAAUCCCUUCUUCACAAGAAAUGAACAGAUGAGAAAGUUGGUGGAAUCAUCUCCUCUGCACUUGGAACUGGAAAAUGCAAGAGUCAAAUUUUGUUCAACAGACAAAUCGACAAAUCGACAAUAUGAUUAUUUAAACAGCUAUUCUGGAAAGGCUGUAUUUCCAAGUAAAGUUCUCUCAAUGACCAGCCAUGUGAUGGCUGAAGGAGCAAGAAUUCUUCUUGAAUCAUCUUUGCCAGAGCCAAAAUUACCUGAGUUGCCUCCACUCCCUAAGCCAGAGGUGCCUCAAGUUCCUGAAUUGCCUAAACCAGAGUUACCUCAUGUGCCUCCUAAGGUUGAGUUGCCUCCACUUCCAAAGUUAGAAGUACCUAAAAUCCCAGAAAUUUCCAAACCAGAAUUGCCAAAAGUCCCAGAAAUUUCUAAGCCUGAGUUACCAAAAGUUCCUGAAAUCCCUAAGCCAGAGAUGCCUAAAAUUCCAGAAAUUCCUAAACCGGAAUUGCCCGUGGUGCCGAAGAUGGAAGCAUCUGAAGUCUCAAAAAUUCCUAAACCAGAGUUGCCCGAGGUGCCAAAGGUAGAAAUACCUAAAGUCCCAGAAAUUCCCAAGCCGGAAUUGCCUAAAGUCCCUGAAAUUCCCAAACCUGAGACACUGAAAGUUCCGGAAAUUCCAAAGCCAGAAUUGCCUCAGCUUCCCAAAGUUGAGUUGCCACCUUUACCCAAGCCAGAAGUACCUAAACUUCCUGAAAUUCCAAAGCCACACUAAACUGAUGCACUCUUCACUACAUUGUGUUGUUUGAGAUAAUAAUGGGCAGCUACCUAAUAGCUUAUACUAUAUGAUAGAUGGGUUUAUAGCAGCUAUUCAUGGGAUUAUUUAUUCUUCCGGGUUCCGAUCUCAUUAGCUCUAUUGAGCUCUGUUUGUACUUCAUAUGUCAUUAAAUUACACGCUAUGUUCUCUACUGAGCUCUGUUUGUACUUUACAUGUCAUUAAAUAACACGUUAUGUUCGUUUGA